AUGUCUGUUUCAACACAUCCAUUCGACCCCCUCACCUCGGGAGAAAUUGCAAAGGACUUCCAAGGCAAGAGCUUGAAUUUUCGGGUCAUCACGCUGAAGGAACCGCCCAAGAGCGAGAUGGUCUCCUUUCUGCAGGCAGACCAUCUCAAUAAAGUCUCAACAUCGCGUCCAGCUCGAGUUGCCCGAGUGCAAGUCAUUUCUCGAGGAGCAUCCGGAUCAAAUGAGCUGAUAGAGAUCCUCGUCAACAUUGACUCUCAUUCCGUGAUUGGGACAGAGCACCUCAUUGGGAAACAUUCGUAUAUCGAUUCUGCCUAUAUGCAAGCCGUCGAGAAGGCCUGUAGAGCGGAUCCAAGAAUCGAGGCAGAGAUACAGAAGCUCAAACUACCACCGGGUGCAACAGUUGUGAUUGAGGCUUGGGCUUAUGCGACUGAUGGGAUGAAUGAUAUGAACGAACGGACUACAAUGUGCUGGUUCUAUAUGCGUUUACUAGACAGCGCGGAUGCAAACUACUAUGCCUAUCCACUUGAGCUCUGUGCAGAGGUAUCCGAGAAACUAGAGGUUACCAAAAUAUACCACCUGCCAUCAUCGGAGGAAGAGCGAACAAGAGAGGACGCAAAACCAUAUGACAACUGCAAGAUUCACUCGACAGAAUUGAGUGAAUACCAUCCCAGUCUUCGACCGCCCCCACGCACAACCACUAAGCCCUACCAAGUCAUCCAGCCCGAAGGGCCAUCUUUCCAAGUCAAUGGAAACCGUCUUUCCUGGGAGAAGUGGACUAUGCGCGUGGGCUUCAACUACCGCGAGGGACUCACUCUCCACGAUAUUCGGUACGAUGGUCGAAGUUUGUUUUAUCGACUCUCUUUAUCGGAGAUGUUCGUGCCGUACGGCGAUCCAAGAUCCCCUUAUCCGCGCAAAGCAGCCUUCGAUCUAGGAAACGAUGGUGCAGGGAUCAAUGCAAAUAAUUUGCAACUGGGCUGUGACUGUCUCGGCCUGAUCAAAUACUUCGAUGGCUGGCACAACACCGCCGCUGGCGAGCCACUCAAGCUCCCUAAUGUAAUCUGCUGCCAUGAACAAGACGAUGGGAUCCUCUGGAAACAUACCAACCACCGUACGCAGAAUGCAGCGGUCACUCGGUCCCGGAUCCUCGUGCUACAGACUAUUAUCACAGUCAGCAAUUACGAAUACAUAUUCGCUUUCCACUUCAGCCAGGACGCCUCAAUCCACUACGAAGUGCGUGCUACAGGGAUCCUCUCCACAUCACCCAUCAACAUCGGCGACAAAGUUAGCUACGGCACUGUCGUUGCACCAGGAGUUCUGGCACCAUACCAUCAACACCUCUUCUCUCUCCGAAUUGACCCUGCCAUUGAUGGAACUGCCAACUCCCUCCAGAUCGAGGAAUCCAAAGCUCUUCCUGUUAAUGACCCGGCCAUCCAUAACCCUCUCGGCGUGGGAUACACCACCGAGUCAAAGAUCAUCACUGAAGAGGGCGGACAUGACCUAGACCACACGAGAAACCGCACCUUCAAGAUAAUCAACGAGAAUCACACAAAUCCCAUCACAGGGACACCAGUGGGCUUCAAAUUACUCCCUUGCUAUAGCCAACUUCUCCUCGCCCAGAAAGAUUCCUAUCACGCCAGACGGUCCGAGUUCGGUCAACACGCGGUGUGGGUGACGCGGUACCAAGAUGACGAAUUAUUUUCUGCUGGUCGAUAUACGAUGCAGUCGCUCGGUGGUGAGGGGAUUGCAUCUGCGAUCGAAGCGCGUAGGAGUAAAGGAAAUUCAGACGUGCGGAAUGAAGAUAUCGUCGUCUGGCAUACCUUUGGGUCCACGCAUAAUCCGCGCAUCGAGGAUUGGCCGGUUAUGCCGUCGGAGAAGAUGAUUGUCGGUCUGAAGCCAGUGAACUUUUUCACGGGAAAUCCGGGGCUGGAUGUGGCUGUUUCGACGCAGGAGAAGAAUGGGAGUGUUUUGGUUGGCAGAGAGGGUGGUCCAGUAGCUGGAUCGAGUCCCUGUUGUCGAUUGUAG